CAUUAUCCGCGCUGCCGCGGGCCAUGGCGGGCCGGCACCGGCUCCUGCUGGAGAACGCGCAGCAGCUGGUACUGGUGUGUGCCCGGGGCGAGGAGUACCUGCGGCGGCAGGACGCGGCCAGCCUGGCCGUGCUGCGGGACGCCAGCCUGGUGGUGGGGCUAGAUGGUUGUAUCAAAGCUGUGGGCCAGGCAGAUGUUAUUCGCAAUCAGUUUUCAGGAGCAACAUUUGAAAGAAUAAUUGACUGCUCUGGGAAGUGCGUGUUACCAGGCCUGGUAGAUGCACAUACACAUCCAGUGUGGGCUGGUGAUAGGGUUCAUGAGUUUGCAAUGAAGCUGACAGGUGCAUCCUAUAUGGAGAUCCAUGAGGCUGGGGGAGGAAUACACUUUACCGUGGAACACACUCGGAAGGCCACAGAAGAAGAGCUGUUCAGUACAUUCAAACACCGACUAGAACGCAUGCUCAGAGCAGGAUCCACGCUGGUCGAGUGCAAGAGUGGAUAUGGCUUGAACUUAGAAACAGAGCUUAAAAUGCUCAGGGUGAUUGAACGCGCUAAGCAAUCCAUGGAUAUCGGCAUUUCUGCUACGUACUGUGGAGCUCAUUCUGUGCCAAAAGGGAGAACUGCUGCUGAAGCCACAGAUGACAUUAUCAAUAACCAUCUCCCUAAACUGAAAGAACUCAAACUAACUGGUGAAAUACAUGUUAACAAUAUAGAUGUGUUCUGUGAGAAGGGAGUCUUUGAUCUGGAGUCUACUAGGAGAAUUCUUCAAGCUGGAAAAGAUAUAGGGUUACAGAUUAACUUCCAUGGUGAUGAACUUCAUCCGAUGAAAUCUGCUGAGCUUGGAGCUGAACUUGGAGCCCGGGCUAUCAGCCACCUGGAAGAAGUCAGUGAUGAAGGUAUCAGGGCAAUGGCAAGAGCUAGGUGCGCUGCUGUCCUUUUACCAACAACUGCCUACAUGCUAAGACUGAAGCAACCUCAAGCUAGAAAAAUGUUAGAAGAAGGAGUUAUAGUUGCUCUUGGCAGCGACUUUAAUCCUAAUGCAUACUGUUUUUCAAUGCCUAUGGUGAUGCAUCUGGCCUGUGUAAACAUGAAGAUGUCAAUGAAUGAAGCGCUGGCAGCUGCCACCAUUAAUGCAGCUUAUUCUCUGGGAAAAUCGGAUACACAUGGCUCCAUAGAGAUGGGCAAGCAGGGGGAUCUUGUGAUCAUAAAUUCAUCAAGGUGGGAGCACUUGAUUUACCAGUUUGGGGGACAUGAAGCAUUGAUCAACUAUGUUAUAGUUAAAGGAAAAGUCGUCUAUCAAAAUGAGAGGUGUGAGACCAGUUACUGAGAGAUGAUAAUUUAGGAAUCAUGAUAAUCAGGAUAGCGAUAAUUUAGGAAGCUACUAUAAAAAAAUUAGCAUGGAGUAUUUCAAAGCAACAGACCAAUAAGGUUUGUAUGUGCCAGUAAAUUGUUUGUCUGCUCACCUUACCAGUCCUCUUGUGGAAAUAAACUUUACCAAGCAUUACCCAUUUGGA